ACCUUAAACGGAGCCGUCCACCUGCGUUACCGGAGACUGCGGUUCCUCCGCCGUCGAGUGCUCCGGAUCCGGCGCAGCACCUCCAGCGACGCUAGCUGAGUUCACCUUAAACGGAGCCGGCGGUCUCGAUUUCUACGACGUCAGCCUCGUCGACGGCUACAACAUCCCUAUGACGAUCGUACCGCAAGGCGGCGGAGACGCGAGCGGCGCCGCCGGGAACUGCACCGUCACAGGCUGCGUCGCGGAGCUCAACGGCCCUUGUCCUGCUCAGCUGAAAGUGGCGACGACGGGGAACGAAGGAGGAGUUGCUUGCAAAAGCGCUUGCGAGGCGUUUGGGACGCCGGAGUAUUGCUGCAGCGGCGCGUUUGGAACGCCGGACACGUGUAAGCCGAGCGAAUACUCGUUGUUUUUCAAAAACGCGUGUCCGAGAGCUUAUAGUUACGCUUACGACGACGGGACUAGUACAUUUACUUGCGCCGGAGCUGAUUACCUCAUCACUUUCUGUCCUUCUCCUAACCCAAGUGUGAAGAGUGCAAAGAAGGGAGGAGAACUUGAGCCCGAAGCCGUAACCUACUCUUCCGCGUCAUCGCCAACUAUCUCUACCGUGUUUUCGUCUGGUGUUUUAGCUGUCGCGUUCUGGGCGGUACAACGCGUUUGGUGAUAGCUGUAACGUAUGCGUUAAAGCUUUGAUACUUGAUAGUAACAUCUUUCGAGGUUUUCAUCUAAGAGAAACAAAAGAUCAUCAACUGAAAGACGACCAGAAGAAAGAGUUGAUUCGUGUGGUACUCCACGGAUUGAUUUGUUUUUAGACUGAUUAGUUAUAGUAAUAGUUAUUCCUUAGAACUCUUAUCUCUUAUUAGUUUUCUUCGAUAUUUUUAAGACAAGAUGUUGUCUUUACGGAUUACGGUGCUCUGUAGUAGUAGACGCCGUCUGAAAAUGUACGUUGAAUAAUCGUGCAAAUUUGGCGGGUAAUCACAAUUUUUAGCCAAUAAUAUAUUAACAAUAUACAAA